AUGAAAGCAUUGAAAGUGGAUCACGAGGAACCCGCCAGCAUCGUUUCAGAGGAAGCCAUCAAUGUCCUCGGUUACGACCAGAGCGUCCAGCCUAGACCGGGCGAAACGAGAAAGGCGUUGCUCAAGGUGGACUUGCUGAUCUUGCCAUUCAUCGUUCUAUGUUUCUGCUUUCUCCAGUUUGACCGCACCAAUAUCGGCAAUGCCUUGACAAAUGGACUGGAAAAAGACCUCCGCAUAGGAAACUCGCAGGUCAACCUGGCGCAGACGUUGUUCACUACAGGCUUCAUCAUUACUGAACUCCCAUUCAAUGUGGUCAGUAGGUGGAUGGGCCCUGAGAGGUUUCUUCCAAUGACUAUGUUUGUCUGGGGCAUUGUUACUUGGUCGCAAAUCUUUAUCAAGAAUUCAUCAGGACUAUAUGCCGCUCGCUUUUUCCUGGGGGCUCUUGAGGGCGGUUACAUUCCAGGUUUUGCUCUUUACAUUUCAAGGUACUAUACCAACCAAGAACUCGCUCUCCGAUAUGCAAUAUUUUGGGCUUCAAAUAGCUUUGCUGGUAUCCUUGGCGGUCCACUUGCAAUCGGGCUCAUUUCGUUGGACGGACAAGGAGGAUUGCACGGUUGGCAAUGGCUAUUUCUUAUCGAGGGUUGCUUGACGUGUUUUCUCGGCGUGGUGGCCUAUGCAUAUCUCCCACAUAGUGCAGCGAAACCAAAGUCAUUCUUCGGGAAAUCGUACAACAUUUUCACUCAUCGAGAGGCGACGAUACUAAUCACGCGAAUUAUUAACAACGACCCAACUAAGAGUUUUCGAAAUGGGAAGCGAGUUUUACCCUCUCAUAUACUCGAAACGUUCAUGGACUGGCGACUAUAUGGACAUAUCGUGGCUGCCCUUCUGUCUAUGGUGAUGAUUUCGCCGAUGAACACUUAUGCACCCUCCAUCAUCAAAGAUCUCGGGUUCACGACCUUGCAAGCAAACGGAUUGAAUUCGGUUGGCAGUGCAUGCGCGUUGGUUUUUUCAAUAUCCUUGGCUUUCAGUAGCGAUAAAUUUCGCGAGCGUGGUUUUCAUAUCGCUGUGGGGUUUCUCUGGGGAUCGGCUGGAUUAUUAUGGCUGGCACUUGCGCCUCAGAAUGUUGGGAAGUGGGUUCUAUAUGGUGGCGUUGUGUGGACUCAAAUGGGAAUGGGAUCUGCUCAGGCAAUCAACGCAGCCUGGUUGACAGCCAAGAUGCAAGACCAUAAACGUCCUGUAGCCCUGGCUGCGUAUGUGAUGAGUAUCCAGCUUGCCAACUUCCCCGGAAAUGAGAUAUUUAGAACUCAAGAUGCUCCUCGAUAUAGUCGAGGGCUGAUCAUCGCCGCGUCCUGUGCUAUUGCUGCAACGGGUGUAAUUUUGGUUUGGAAAUUAUUGUACCGUCUUUUCGAUAAUGGUGAUGAUGGUGUUGAGGUCGACUAUGGAAUAGCUGUAUGA